AUGGGCAGCGAUCUCGAAUUCACUGCACGCGAGCGCGAGAUUAUGGCUGUUGCAUGGCACUGCUUCGAAGGCGAACCGAAGAUGAACUACCAGAAGCUCGCCGAGCUUAUGGAGAUGACCAAUGUCGGCUCGGCGUACAACGCUUGGAACAGGAUCCGUCAUAAAUUGAUUGGCAAAGAUAUUGGUUCGCAGUCUUCGGGCAAGAAACGCAAGGCGGCCGGUGCGAGCAAACGUACGUCUACCAAAAGGAUCAAGGUCGAGAAAUCGUACUCGCAGUCAAAGGAGGAUAAAGCCUUGCAAAGCGAUCAAGACGUCUUCAAAGAAGAGGAGGAAGCCGCUGCAACGGUUGCAAAGGUCGAGAGCGAGUGA